UUGGGACAUGGCGCUUUUUCUACCGUACGAUUGGCGCGACGGAGACGAGACAACGUCAAGGUUGCCGUCAAAACGAUUGCCAAACACGAAGCCUUGCGCUCGCGGCGUCUUCGUCCCGUCGGAACUACCGAUGACCAGAACCAUGCACGCCGAAGAUACCUGGAAGAAUGGGAAAUUCUACGACGCAUGCAGAAUCAUCCCUACGUCGUUAAUCUUUUGGAUGUCUACGAGACGCACGAAGAAAUACAGAUUGUGACGGAGUACUGUCCCGGUGGCGAGCUGUUUGACGCCAUUCAGAAGAGACGCAGUCGGGCACACGCUCUACGCCGCACGCAAUACACGGAAGCGCAAGCCGCCACCAUUACCAGUCAAAUCUUGCGAGCCCUGGCGGAUCUGCACGACCACGGCAUUGUACACCGGGACGUCAAACCGGAGAAUAUUCUGCUCACGAAGGACGAGCAAGACGAUGAUGAUCAAGCAGUUCACGUCAAGUUGUGUGACUUUGGCAUGGCCCGAUCCUUGCUACGGGAACCGGACACGUACGGGGACGAUUCCCCCCUUACACCGGCACGAUCGCGCGCCUAUUCCAUGAUUGGGUCGAACUAUUACGUGGCGCCCGAAGUUAACUACGGAAAUUGCUACGACACCGCCGUCGACGUAUACUCACUCGGCGUGACACUCUACAUUCUUUUGUGUGGCUUUCCCCCCGUCUUUUCCGGCUCGGAAUCGGAUGCCGCUGUCCUCUUUCCCAGUAUGUACUGGAAGGAUGUUUCCGACAGCGCCAAAGAUCUGGUCCGACAAAUGCUGAAUUCGGAGCCGGGAACUCGUGUCACUGCCAAACAAGCCGAACGCCACCCCUGGAUUGUGCACAAC